AUUGAACUAUAACUUGACCCGUUCGGUUUUUACAAAAAAAAUCUCAUUUUCAAAUUUACUUUUGUAUUUAGUGUCAGUAUAGAAUACACUUCUCCUCUGACCCCCAUCGCCUCCUUUCUCUACUCCGCAGAUCCGAUCAGAUCAUUCACUACAGAAGUUGAAAUCAGGUGCUAAUGGGUCGUGGAGUUAGCUAUGGUGGGGGCCAGAGUUCCUUGGGCUACCUUUUCGGAAGUGGAGAAAGUCCGGCUCCAAAACCUGCCACAAAUAAUGCAGAGCCUCCUCCCGUACAGAAGCCUUCCUCGGCUGCAAGUCGUGUGACUCCAGAUAAGCCGCCAGCUGUUGCACUACCUGCUGAAGCUACUAAGCAGAUUCCGGCCGGCAUUCAGGGCAACCACAACAACAACUAUUUCAGAGCCGAUGGCCAGAACACUGGAAACUUCCUCACGGAUCGACCUUCUACUAAAGUCCAUGCAGCCCCAGGUGGGGGAUCUUCCUUGGGAUAUCUUUUUGGAGGUGGCAGCAACUAAACUAUAUCCUUUCGACUCGUCAAAUUAAUGAAGUUGAAAAACAUUGUUCACUUGUGUGUAGUGUCCCCAUUCGAAGUUCAGGGGUAACAAUACAUUAUUUUCAUCUUUUGUUCUUGGGACAUGAUGGAGUGGUACUGUGGUUUUAAAUUUCUUGUUAUCUAACUGAAGAUUGUGCAAUGUCCAUUUCGUUGCUUUCUUUACAUGUGCCCUUAUAAUGGAUAUUUUCCUGUUUGGGGCUGCCAAACCAAUUGAUUGCACUGGAUCAUUGUGUUAUUUUAACAAUGAUAUGGAUGGAUAUUUGAUAUAUUAGUGAAGUUUCUAGAAAAA